UUUCACACCAUCCAUCUUUAUUCUUUUUCUUUCAGGUAGCAUUAGGCAGCAGCAAUGGCUCCCAUUCAAUGAAUAGUGGAAAGACAGAAGAAUGGCCAUGGACAAUGCCACAGCAGUGUUUGAGUUUCUCCUUAUUGGCAUUUCUAAUUAUCCUGAGUGGAGAGUCACGUUUUUCACAUUGGUGCUGAUAACUUACCUCAGCACAUUGUUGGGUAAUGGACUUAUGAUCUUUCUUAUCCACUUUGACUCCCACCUCCACACUCCAAUGUACUUCUUCCUUGCUAACCUAUCUUUCUUAGACCUUUGCUAUGGAACAGCUUCUAUGCCCCAGGCCUUGGUGCAUUGUUUCUCUACCCAUCCCUUCCUCUCUUAUCCACAAUGUUUGACCCAAAUGAGUGUCUCCUUAACUUUGGCCACAGCAGAAUGUCUCCUCCUGGCCGUCAUGGCCUACGACCGUGUGGUUGCUAUCAGCAAUCCUCUGCAUUAUUCCAUGGUCAUGAAUGGCCCAGUAUGUAUCUGGUUGGCUGCUACUUCAUGGGGGGCAUCACUUGUGCUCACUGCCAUGCUGAUUUUAUCCCUGAAGCUUCAAUUCUGUGAGGCUAAUGUCAUCAACCAUUUUGUCUGUGAGAUUCUCUCCAUCAUUAAGCUAGCUUGUUCUGAUACCAGCUUCAAUGAGCUUAUGAUCCUCAUCACCAGCAUUUUCACCCUGCUCCUACCCUUUGGGUUUGUUCUGCUCUCCUAUGUACGAAUUGUUGCUGCUGUCCUAAGUAUUCACUCAGUUCAGGGAAGGCUCAAGUCCUUUUCCACGUGUGGUUCUCACCUGGUUGUGGUGACAGUCUUCUAUGGGGCAGCCAUAUCCAUGUAUAUGAAACCUCAGUCCAAGUCUUCCACUGACCGGGACAAGUUUAUUUCAGUGUUUUAUGGGGCUUUAACACCCAUGCUGAACCCCCUGAUAUAUAGCCUGAGGAACAGAGAUGUUAAAGGGGCAAUAAGGAAAGUUAUGGCAAAAAUGACAUAAGCCU